AUGGAAGCACUCGUAUAUGUAUUUCUAUUAGUAGGGACUUUAAUGGUGAUCUUCUUUGCAAUCUUUUUUAGAGAUCCUCCAAGGAUUGCAAAAUAA